UCAGACCUCUUUACUCUACCUUUUUGCUUUUACUCUCAGUUUGCCUAACUUCGUGCAUAAAGAGGACUAAAAAAUGGGUAAACAGGACUAAAAUCCAAACCUGGUCUUCGUAUUAAUCGAAUAUAUUUUGAUCGAUUGCAUAUAAUAUAUUUCUUUCAUAACCUCAUGAAAUUAGUUUACUUUCUAUUUUGGAUAAGUAAAAAAACAAAUACUUUAUUGAAGAAUGACUUGGUUUUGGAACUAAUAUACUUUUUAAGGGUGUAGUCUUGAGGCUGGAACCUUGCAUUUAUUUUAAAUGUAAAGUCUAUGUCUGAAAUGAAUUACUCCUCCAAGUGAAGUGGACAGAACUAAACCAUGGAGAAUGUUACUUCAAUUCCAGAUAACCAGACACUUGGUCCAUGGACUGAUUAUAGCAUGGAAUACAAAGUGGUCAGCAUAUUAUUUGUGAUCCUCAUCUGUGGGAUCGGAAUAGUUGGAAACGUUAUGGUGAUACUAGUUGUUCUUACAACCAAACACAUGCGGACACCCACCAACUGUUACCUGGUGAGUUUGGCGGUGGCCGACCUGAUGGUUCUGACCGCGGCGGGACUUCCGAAUAUUACAGAGAGUUUGUAUGGAGGAGGCUGGGUGUACGGAUACGUCGGGUGCCUUAGCAUUACUUAUUUCCAGUACUUGGGCAUCAACGCGUCUUCAUGUUCCAUCACCGCUUUCACCAUUGAGCGGUACAUAGCUAUCUGCCACCCCAUAAAAGCGCAGUUUAUGUGCACUCUGUCAAGAGCAAAGAAAAUCAUAGUGGUCGUUUGGGCUUUUACCUCGCUCUACUGCGUCAUGUGGAUUUAUCUCUCUGACAUGAACGAGUUGAUUUACGACAAUAUUACCAUGUUGUCAUGCGAAUACAAAGUGUCCAGAAAUCUUUACCUGCCAAUCUACUUCACUGACUUUGCCGUGUUCUAUGUGGUGCCCCUCGUGCUAGCCACUGUUCUGUAUGGAUUUAUCGCUAGAAUUCUUUUCCUCAACCCCUUGCCAGCAGACCCCAAGGAAAAUACUAAAAAGUGGAAAAAAGAAUCAUGCCAAGGAAAUAGGACGAUGAGCACCAACAAUUCAUCAUUUAGCACAACUGCCCGCUCUCGCAGGCAGGUGACUAAGAUGUUAGCUGUGGUGGUGGUGCUCUUUGCCCUCCUCUGGAUGCCCUACCGGACGCUGGUGGUGGUCAACUCCUUCCUGGACAAGGCUUACCUGGACCUCUGGUUCCUGCUCUUCUGCCGCAUCUGCAUCUACCUGAACAGCGCUGUCAACCCUGUCAUCUACAACGCCAUGUCUCAGAAGUUUCGCACCUCCUUCAAGAAGCUGUGUCACUGCGGUCCGCAGCGAGUGGAGAAGCCAGCGUCCUACAGCGUGGCCCUGACCUACAGCGUCAUCAAGGACACGACCAAUGGAGAGAGCCCUGACCACUUCACUACUGAGAUGGACGAGCUGACCACGCCCACACCCAGUGACCAGUUCCUGCCCAGCGCCAAGAGGAUGUCAUUCGAGGACCCCUCUCUGUCAGGCAGGGUUGCCCUUAGUAACUCCAUGCAGGCAACAAUGAUUAUCUGAAAGGAUAUUCUUAUCCUUAAGCUCUAGUUUGUGAAUUCAAAAUGGUCUCCAACAGCAUACUUCUGAUUCUAUUCUAUAACUCAUUUUCUGCAGAGGAAUUUAUUUAAUAUUUGAGCGGUACAAUGACAAACAUUAAAUACCAAAAAUGUGUUGUUAAUAGAAGAAGGAAUGCUUCAUUUCUUCAUCUAGCAUGGGGAAAAUAUAUUCUCCCCUCUCCGUGUAGCCAUCUUAGCACAAAGCACCUAAUUAUAGGCAUUGUUCAAAUCAGUCCUUAACAUUGUGUGACAUAAGCAUUUAAUUUGCAAGGUAAUAAUCACACUACUUUCACAUACUGAGCAACAGUUGCCAUCUCUGUAAAGUGUUUUCCUACAAGAGAAAUAUAACAAGGGAAAGAUGUUAUCCCUCUUUUUAUCUGGAAAGGUCUAGGCCAGGUACUCAGUGUGUGCGUGUGUGCAUGUGCGUGUGUGCAUGUACAUGCGCAUGAGUGUGUUUAAAAGAUAAGCUCACUCUACAGGAGGAGUCAAACUGUCUGGGCUAAGUUGUUUGAUCCAUCCUGCUACUUUGCAUGUUUUAAUAAUAAUAUAAUAAUAUGCCAUUUAGCAGACGCUUUUAUCCAAAGCGACUUACAGUCAU